AUGAUUACCGACAUAGAUCAAGAUGUAUGCUGUAACCUACUAGCAGCAUAUGGUACUUUGCGUGAUGAUGAUAAUUCUAACCUUCCAUGGACUCGAGAUUUUAUUAAAGAUAUUCAACCGGCUACGACGGGUAAAGUCUUAGGGUUUCGACUGUUCUUCAAUCCUAGUACCAAGUAUUGUCUUGGGAUUUUCACAGGUGAUCCAAAUGAUUCAAUUGUUGUUCGUAUUUUGAGUUGGUCAUCGAAAGAACAAUUUGAACAACAAAUUAAAUUAGCAGAUGAAGUCGAAGGCAAUGAUUAUGAAAGGAAACUGGUUGAAGUAUUCGUCAAAAGUGAAAAUAGUUCGAAGUUUGCUUACAUUUACGCAGCAAAACCAGAGUUAUUGAAUGAGAAUUGGAAAAGAAUUCCUAGUGGUGAUUGGCUUCAACGAAAUAUACAAUAA